UGUUUUGCCAAGUUGGAGUCGAUCCGAAUUAGACUCGCUACAUGUGUUUUGUGCGGUAAGCGUCAAAAGUGUCGUGAUCGUUUAUUUUAUGACUCGAGAAGUGCUGGAUAGUAAAUAUUUUUUUACGUUAAAAGUGAAAAAUGAUACCGUCGCAGACCGAGCGCCGUUUGUGGCGCGUGAAUGCGUUUAUUAGAUACCGAUAGACUUUGAAAGUUGUAAAUAGUUUUAAAAACGAGGCAAGUGUGGUUUCGUAUUGGAAUAUUUGUGCAUCGCUGGUUUUUAAUUGUUAUUUUCCCGAGGAAAAAAUGAAUAUGAUUGUGAGUUAUCGCGUAAUCGAUGUAAAGAUCUGGUGCUAUCUCCUGAUGUUCCUCAUAUUCAAUAUGGGGUUCGUGGAGACGAGGUUGGAAGAAAUGGAUCCGCGCCCACCAUCAACGGAGAAGCCUAAGCCGGAGGCACCUCGCGUGGAGCUGAAGAAGGGUAAAUGCUUUCACAUGUCUCGGGAGCAUUGCCCCACUGAACCUAAGUGCACGCGCGUGGAUCCCGUCUCCGUGUUUUGCUGUGACGUGGACAGUUUCAGACUGAAAGAGGCGCUUGCUAUUACAAUGACACAGAAUACAACUAAUCUCCACGUGCUGAACGCCACGAUAGACGAGUUGGACGUCUCGCAGGCAGUCUUCCGUCGCCUCACUUCCAUGGCGCUCACCGAUGGGAACAUUGGCAAGAUCGUCGGUCAAUUCCCAAAGUACUCUUCGAUCGCGUGUCUCAAUAUUUCCAACAACAAUCUGAGCAGCGCGACUCUUCAGUCAUCCAUCCAGAGACCGUUCGCCUACCUGUUCACCCUGACGGUCCUCGAUGCUUCAGCCAACAAUCUCACAGAGUUCCCGUUAAGUUUGGUUCAGAGUAACAGAAAGAUUUCCGUGGAUUUGUCAGGUAACAAUUACCUUCCAUGCAAGCACUUCCAGAAGGCGAUGGAAACUAACAGUAGCUCACUGGUGACAUUUCUCAACUACGAGCGUACGUAUUGCGCCCUCGACCUGACGUUUAACUGGUUCAAAGACGUGCAAGUUGUCCAAAUCGACCAUUUAAGAGUUCAAGAAGAGUUGAGUGCAAGUUGUCGUAAUAUACGACCCGCUAAUGCGAACUGCACCUGCAUACCCGAUCGGCUGGAACUUCUGGGGGGUGAGGUCACCAAUUUGGUAGCAGUGGACUGUUCCAUGCGACAUCUUAAGGUCAUGCCCACUAAUCUGCCGCCCAACACGGCCAAGUUGAACGUUUCAUACAACAAUAUCACUUCUCUCCAAGCGGUGUCCGACGACCCGACGUAUGAGCACCUGAGGCAGCUACUGGUGGACUAUAACGACAUUGCUAGCAUCGUGGAGUUAGAAGGCACCAAGUUCAUAGAUAACUUUAUGGUGUUUUCUUUAACGCACAAUAAACUUAAGACGAUCCACACGUACGUUAUGUCCAAUUGCUUCAUAACGACGGGACCUUCGUUUCUGAUCGGCGGGAACUACAUACACUGUGAUUGUAACACGGAAAAAGUUGUAAAGCCGUGGCUUCUAGAAAACUACAAGAAUAUACCAGACUUAAAGAGCCUGCAAUGCGAAGAUAGCAUGGGCCCUGUGGUUGAUCUCAAGGAGUAUCAGGUCUGUCAUACGCCCAGGGAUUGGACGGACUACAUCUACUACAUCAUAGGCCUGGAGGUACUAGUUCUGGUGCUGCUUAUCAGCAAGGUGUCCUAUGAUUACUGGGUCUUCAAAACGGCCGGAUAUCUGCCUUGGCCGGCUAAUAAGAUGCCGAGAUUGCCUUGUGACUGGUUAUGCGAAUGAAUUUUAAUUUUAUCAGUAGAAAAGCAUUAUUUCUUGUUUAAUGUUAGCAAUUGACAAAUAUUCUUUGUUUAUCGAAAUCAAAUAUAUUCUUGA